UUAAGUUUCUAUAAUGGACUUAUAUUUUCAUAAUUAAACAUAAUAUGUUUAGAAACAUAUAGGAUUUUUAAGUCUGAAGGAAUUUUGGUAACCGUUGUUGCGGGAACUUUCUUGAAUACUUAAGGCCAAGAUUUGAAAAAAGUGAAGGAAAAUGAUUUUUGCAUUACAUACAGCUAAGUGGGUGUUUUAAAUUUGGAGACCCGCAUUUCGUCAACAAAAGAAUCAUCAGUGACGCUAUAAUCAAAACAGUUAAAAAGGAUAAAGACAGUACGAAAUUGAAGAGUAUUGAGGACCCAAAACUCAAAAGGUUUUGCCAAGUACAGCUAAGGUCAUGGCAUCAAGUAAACCUGUAAGAUGUGGACCUUGUAACCAAGAUAAAGUAAGCAUAAAAGCUGACAUCUGGUGUUACAACUGUGAUGAAGGAUUAUGUUCAACAUGUUCCGGUCAUCAUAAAAGAUUUAAAUCUACAGUUGAUCACAAGACCAUCGAUAUCCAAACCUACUACAGACAUAAACAUCCCGUAUGCUCUAUUAAAACAGAAUGUGACGCACAUGGUGAACAUUUAAACUUGUACUGUCCCAGUCAUUUAAUGCCUUGCUGUGAUGAAUGUAUUUCAAGUCAUCAUUCAAAAUGUACAGGAAUCAAAAGCUUAGCAAAAGUAGUGGACGAAACCAAAAUAGACAAUUCAAAAGGUUCUGUAGAGAAAGAAAUUACCUCCAUCCUACAUUUCUUAAAUAAAAUGGCUAAUGAAAAAUCAAGAAAUAUAAAAAAAGGGGAACACCAAUAUGGAAGCAUUAAAGAAUCAAUCAGUAACAUUCGGAGGGAAAUAAAUCAACAUUUAGAGCAACUAGAGAAGAAGCUAUGCAAAGAAGCUGAUACUACAUGGGAUCGGGAGAAAUCAAAACUAAAAGGCUUUAUAUCUGAAAUUGAAGAAAAAAAGAAAAAGGUAAAGAAAAUACAAGAUGAUUUGCACGCAGGCACAAUACGUACGUCUAAACUACAAUCGUUUUUAUGGAUACAUAUUGUUGAACAAAAAGUACAUCAAUAUCGCCAAUAUGUUGAAGAUGUGGAAAGCAAUAAGGAGGCUAAUCAAGUUGACAUCCAAAUUAGGCAAAAUGGUGAGACAGAAAAGAUACUUAGCGAAUUAAAAUCAUUAAAAACCUUUGGAGAUGUGAAAGUUGUUAAAUCUGAUAGAACCAAGAUAAGAGUAACAAGUUUGAACAGGAGAGCACAAGUAGAUUCACGAGAACAAUCUAACAUACACAACAUGACAAUGAAUAUCUUGACAAAAACAAAGAUGAACAUUGGAAAGUACAUCAGUGACAUGAUUUGUCUGACAAAUGAACGAGUUAUAGUAGUUGAAGAAAAAGGUAAAGUCAACCUACUUACUUCUGAUGGCAGACUUCAAAAACAGUUACCAAUAUCUGAUAAGCCUUUCAGUGUUACACAGAUCAAUCAAGACACUAUUGCCAUAACUUUUCCUGAUAGGAAAGAUAUUAAGAUCUUCAAUUUGGAAACAGAAACAGUAACCAAACUUAUCACAUUAGGCAAAGCAUGUAUGGGAUUAUCAUUCUGCAAUAAUUAUCUUGCUGUUGGUUUGAAUAAAGAUGAAAUCCGCAUUAUAGACUUGGAUGGAAAUGAACUCAAGUCAAUACAAGUUAAGAGUAUAUCAUACCUAGAGUACCUUGUGUACUCUCAUGACAGAGUUAUCUAUACUGACUACGAUGAUAAAGCAGUAUACUGUUUUGAUGAAUCAGGUACACAGGUCUGGAAAUAUACACAGAGUUUAUUAGGACCACAGGGACUUUGUACAGAUACAUUUGGCAACAUUAUCGUAGCAGAUUGGAGAUCUCAAAGAAUAAUAGUAAUAUCAAAAGAUGGACAGGAUAGUAAAAUAUUGCUCAGUGAAGAGGAUGGACUUAAUAAUCAAAAAUGUAUUUGGUAUAAAUAUAAUGAACCGUACGGUUUUUUUUGUGACAGUAGUGGCAGAUACUUGGCAAAAUUCAACUUUUCUAAUGAAUGAAAACAAACAUUGAACAUUCUUGCUAUUACCAAUGAGAAUACAAUGUAUCUUAAAUUAAAAUGAAUAUUAAUUGAUGUGCAUAUAGGCAAGUGAUGGAUUGAACUUAGACAUGAAUAUUGCAAACAUAUAUUGAUUAUCAUUAAAAUCACAAUGGUAUUUA